AUGGUUUCUCAGGGGAUUCAGAUCAUUGGUAUAUCGAUGGCUGUGAUUGGCUGGUUCAUGGUCAUUGUGGUGUGUGCCUUGCCCAUGUGGAAGGUCACUGCUUUCAUUGGAGCCAACAUCAUCACGGCUCAGACCAUCUGGCAGGGCAUGUGGAUGAACUGUGUGGUGCAGAGUACAGGCCAGAUGCAGUGCAAGGUGUACGACUCCAUGCUGGCUCUGCCCCAGGACCUUCAGGCCGCUCGUGCCAUGAUCAUCAUCUCCAUCCUGACUGGAAUCUUUGGACUGGUCUUGUCAAUCGCUGGCGGGAAAUGCACUAACUGCAUCGAGGAGGAGCGAUCCAAGGCAAAGGCUUGCAUCCUGGCUGGAAUUUUGUUCAUCGUCUCGGGGUUGCUCUGUCUCAUUCCAGUCUCCUGGUCUGCCAACACCAUCAUUACCAACUUCUACAACCCGCUGCUGAUUGAAGCCCAGAGGUAUGAGUUAGGAGCGGCGCUGUACAUCGGCUGGGCGGCUGCUGCACUGCUGCUGAUGGGAGGGGGACUACUGUGUUGGAACUGCCCGCCCAAACAUGAACACCCCCACUAUGUGCCCACGUUCACACCUGUGAAGUCAAUGUCCACAUCAAGAGAAUAUGUAUAA